GGAGGAGAGCAUGUGGUAUCACUGGGCUGUGAUAGCCAGGCUCUGGUUAGUCUGGUUUCACCUCUUUUGUCUGCCACUGUUUCCUAACUUGGAAAUCGUGCUCUCUGUGUAUCUCAGACAACCUGCAAAGUGGGAUCCGACCUGGGGAAGGUCAGACAGAGCUGGGAGCACGAAACGUUUUCCAAACUCCCUUGCUAAAGCCACUAAGAACAAUGGUUUUCCAAGCCGUGGGCAAGCUGUUGGGCUACAGGAAACACAGUAAGUCCAUAAAGAAAGACAGUCCUGCUAAAAAGACAUCAGGAGAAAGUGAGAAGCUCUAUUUGGAACCUCGUUACACGGCUGCUCGUAUAGUGGACGCGGAUAUCCUAAUGCUGGUGGCGUUGCCUAAAGGACUUAACGUAGACGAAUGGUUGGCAAGCAAUGCCUCUGCCUUCUAUAACCAUGUCAGCUUGUUGUACGGAUCUAUCUCUGAAUUCUGCACCAUCACCUCUUGUCCCUCCAUGAAAGCUUGGGCAACACAAAUUCAGUGGACAGAUGAGAAGGGCCGGAAGAGGAAGUGUACGGCACCACAAUACGCAGACUAUGCUGCCAGCAUCAUCCAGAAACUCCUGACAGAUGAAAAUCUGGUCCCCACCAAGCAUAGUAAAGAAUUUCCAAAAACUUUUAAGCCAGCCAUACAGAAGACGUUUCGCCUACUUUUUCACCUCCUCGGUCACAUAUACACGUGUCACUUUAAAACCGUGGUAAACCUCGAACUGCACCCGCACCUGAACACCUUGUAUCUGCACCUUUUGCUUUUCUGCGCUGAAUUUCACCUCCUUGAUUCCAAGGAAAUGGCCUUAAGCGAAGAUCUGACCACCGCGCUUAUCCAGUCCAGCCCUUCACCUAAGACUUCAGGCGCUCAGUCUAGGAAUACCUGAGUCAGUGCGGAGAACAAACUUUGAAAUGAAUUUACUGCCACAGAGAAAAGAAUGCUUUACUUUAUGUAUACAGCAAAAAAAUAAUAUUCAUGCAUUUUUAUAUUCUGUCUCCUUUUGCGCGGAGUCUUACGCACAGAAUACCCUUGUUACAAAGAGCUACGUGAAGAUACAUGGAUCUGGGUGGAUUUCUGAAUUCUAUGCAGUUAUUGGCCAAGCAUGGUCUAUUAUGGAUUAUCUAAGAAAUCAUAUGCAUAACUCAUCUGGAAUGAGUGUAUAAUUAUUUAAAAUAAGAGCAACCACUUCUAGUGAAAAAUAAGUGGUGUACGGCCAACAGGCACAAGACCGUAGAAGACCUUGCCACUAGUUAAAGGCACAUCUUCUCAAAGGCACAAAUUGGCAGCAUAGCGGUGGCACCCAAACCUCGGGACUAACAUUCUGUUCAAAUGCACAGAUUGCACACCCAAAGUGCCGGCUCUGAUCAGAUUUGUUUAUAUUUUACAAACUCAAAGUUUUUUUUUUUUUAUGUUACUUAACUAAAACUUUUUUAGUUUUUUUUUUUAUUAUUAUUAAUAUAUAUAUUUUGUAGCUUGUAGCAUAUUGUGGACUUUACACUGGGAAACUAACACAGAUGCUUAAUUAAAAUAUCAGCAA